CGUCGUGUGCGCAUAUCUCACCUCUCUUGUCUUCGUUUUACGUUUGUGGUACCCAACGCCCUUAAGAGACAUGAGGAACGUCCAGGUGGUGUGGCGGGGGGCGAUUUUACUCCUGGUGGCGCUGACGGUGGCAGAUGGUAGCAGGACGAGGCGCCAGAUCUACUACCCGAGCGUGGACUACGACCUCGAGCCCUCCCGCCCCUCCAGGAAGACGGGUCACCUGCCCAUCGCCCCGCACUACCCUCUGGAGGACGCGUCUUACGAAGCCCCGGCGCCGUCUUACAAACCUGAGCCGGCCUAUAAGCCCCCAGCGCCUGCUUACAAGCCUGAACCGUCCUACAAGCCUCCUACCCCGUCCUACAGGCCUGAACCAGCUUAUAAGCCUGAACCUGCCUAUAAGCCUGAACCAGCCUACAAGCCUGAACCAGCCUAUAAGCCUCCUACCCCAUCCUACAGGCCUGAGCCAUCCUACAAGCCCCCAGCGCCUGCUUACAAGCCCCCUACCCCAUCCUACAAGCCUGAACCAGCCUACAAGCCUCCUACCCCAUCCUACAGGCCCCCAGCCCCCGGUUACAAGCCCCCUACGCCAGCCUACCAGGAACCUGCCUACAAGCCCAAGCCAGUGUACGAGGAACCCCACGGGGACGGACCUUACAAGCACAAGAACACCAUCCCUGGGGAACCUGGCGUGGAUUACCCUGUUUAUAAUGAGAUUCCUUACACGAAAUUCACGUGUGCUGAUGUUCCUUACCGCCCAGGCAUGUACGCUAACCCAGAGGCAGGAUGUCAGGUGUACCACGUGUGUGACGACGACAGGUACGGCCCACAGGGAGCCCAGUUCCUCUGCACUAACGGUACGAUCUUCAACCAGGAGACCUUCAGCUGCGACUGGUGGUACAACGUGGACUGCGACAAAGCUACUUAUUUCUACGAGCUGAACACCGACCCUGAGCACAACCCAUACUACCAAAAGCCCUACGAGGGACCCCUUCACAUCCCCUCCUACGGACCGGCUGCCCACAAGCCCGACCCAUACCACGCUCCCAAGCCUGCUUACGUCGCCCCUGCCAAGCCCACCUACCACGCCCCUGCACCUAAGCCCACCUACCACGCCCCUGCACCCAAGCCCACCUACCACGCCCCCACCCCAAGGCCCUCCUACAAUACCCCCAAGCCUAGACCUACUUACCACGCCCCCAAGCCUAGGCCUACAUAUCACGCCCCUUCUCCCAAACCCACCUACCACGCGCCCUCCCCUAAACCCGCCUACCAUGCCCCUGCCCCCACCUACAACAAACCCACACCCCCACGCCCCUCAUACCACCGCCCAGAGCCCUCAUACCGCCCACCAACGCCCUCAUACCACCCACCAGCGCCCUCAUACGGCCGAGAGGACCCUGAUCCCUAUGACGCCGCGGCUGACUUCGAAUGGGGUUCCAGAACAUAGAUUAAUAAAUAUAGAAAUAGGAUAAAAGGAAUAAUGAGAGGUUACACUAAAAGAAAAGAAAGAAAAUGGAAAGAGGAGAGUGAAUAAGAUGCGAAUGUGAGUGUAAAGUUUCUGAAUAAUUUUGAUAGCUUGGUAUUUUUUUUAAUGUAUCUAUUGGUAUUGAACUGGUCAGUUGAUAAAGAUUUUAUUUAUUUAUGAUAUAUAGAUAUAUAUAUAUCUAAUG